AUGGCUUCUGAUAUCCCCAAGGUCGUCCCGCUGACCUGUCACGGGCACUCACGCCCUGUCACGCAUUUGAGUUUCUCUUCUGCUGUCGAAGAUGAGCAAUACUACCUUAUUUCUGCUUGCAAAGAUAACAACCCUAUGCUGCGGGAUGGUAUAACUGGCGACUGGAUCGGUACAUUCCUCGGCCACAAAGGUGCCGUCUGGCAAGCACGACUAUCCGCCGACGCCGCUAUUGCCGCCACCGCGGCCGCCGACUUCUCCGCCAAAGUAUGGGACACACAUACAGGCGAGUGUCUGCACACACUACAACAUGCGCAUAUUGUGCGCGCGAUCGCAUUCCCUAUUCAACCUAACCCGCAAAUCCUCGCAACCGGUGGCGCUGAGAAGAAGUUACGGAUCUUCGAUCUUAGUCGCGGUGGUGCGAGUAGUACUGGUGGUGGUGGUAGUAAUGGAUCAACACCACCGCUUCCCCCCAGUAGUGGGAGUGGUGGAGAAGGAAACUCGGAUUCAGUAACGAGCUAUGAGAUUGGACCUGGGGUACACGGUGGUACGAUUAAGUCUAUUGUUUGGAACCAAGACUACAAUAUCGUGACCACUGCGGCGGAGGAUCGUAAGAUUCGCUGGUGGGAUUUACGAUCGCGACACCCCGUACUGGAGUAUGUGGUUGAUGGUCCCAUCGGAACAUGUGAACUGAAUAGUCUCGCUGUCCGGCCGAAUGAUCCUGGUAUUUUGACUGUGGCUGCUGGAAAGAGUGUUUACCUCUUUGAUGGUUUGCAGCCUGGUCGACUUUUGAAGCAGAUUGAUUUUGGAUAUGAGGUUGCGAGUGCGGCCGUGAAUAGCGAGUCUGGACGCUUGGUUACUGGAAGUGCGAAUGAUACCUGGGCGCGCGUUUAUGAUUUGAACACUAACGAGGAACUGGAAGUUCAAAAGGGUCACCAUGGUCCCAUCUGGUCCGUCAGCUUUUCUCCUGAUGGCAAACUUUACGGCACUGGCAGUGAGGAUGGAACUAUCAAGUUGUGGAAGGCUUCCCGCGACCCCUACGGCUUGUGGCGUUAA